AUGACGGGGGCUGGAAGAGACAGAUGGACUGAGCUGGAGCAGGUUAACAUGACAAUAGCGCCGGGGGACAUGUGGUCGCCAGCGCGCUCUGUUUGAAGACCACACUUAAGCUCCGAUCGUCUUAUCCAGCUGUUUGCUUCUCCACUUGAGGCACUGCCUGUGGUUCCAAUGCUACCUGUAUAGGAGAACAGAAAUGGCAACAGGUCUCAAAACACUCUAGAAAAUUUGCCAAAACCACACCAUACCCUCCUGGGGAAGACGAGGCGGCCGCGAACAGCCUUCACUUCCCAGCAGUUACUGGAGCUGGAAAAGCAGUUCCGGCAGAACAAGUACCUCUCCAGGCCAAAGAGAUUCGAAGUCGCCACCUCUCUCAUGCUCACCGAAACUCAGGUGAAGAUCUGGUUCCAGAACCGGAGGAUGAAGUGGAAGAGGAGCAAGAAGGCGGCGGCGGAGGCCAAGGAGAAGGAGCCCUUAGAGGAGAAGCAGCCCAGAGACAGUCCCCACGGGACCUCGGAGCCCCUCUACCGCCCCUACGUAGCCUAGGGGGGGGGGGGCUCUUCCAAGGCCUAGGGCUCUACUGUAUAUAG